AUGUCGGCUUUGUGGUCAGGAUGGGGUGCCGAUGCCUUCACCGAGCAGGUCGAAAAGGCCACCUCGGAGCUCCUGCCGGUUGGAUCAGAGGAUAUUGUGCUCAACCUCGAGAUCUGUGAUCAGGUUCGUGCCAAGCAGGUCCCCGCAAAGCAGGCCAUGCAGGUGCUCAAGCGUCGUGUCGGCCACAAGAACCCCAACGUCGUUCUUCUCGCGCUAGGGCUCACCGAUAUCUGCAUCAAGAACGGCGGCGACCACUUCCUUCAAGAGGUUGCUUCACGCGAGUUCAUGGACAACCUCGCAUCCCUCUUGCGAAACCCUGCUGGCGUCAACAACGAUGUCAAGGCCAAGGCGCUCGGUCUCAUCCAAAACUGGUCCCAGAUUGCCCAGGCAAAGCCAGCUCAAAUGGCCUACAUCACUGACAUCUACAAGCAGCUCAAGAGCGAUCCCAGUUUCGAGUUUCCGCCACUCGACCCUAAUGUAGUUGCAUCUGCUGCCCUCGUUGAGACGCUUACCGCUCCUGAGUGGGUCGACGGCGAAGUUUGCAUGCGCUGCCGUACUGCUUUCACCACUUUCAAUCGCAAGCAUCAUUGUCGCAACUGUGGCAACGUCUUCUGUCAGCAGUGCUCAAGUCACAACAUGGCGCUCCCCUGGUUCGGCAUCGGACAAGACGUUCGAGUUUGCGACGGAUGCUACGCUCGCAAAGGUCCUCCCAAGAAUGCCGCCAAGCUCUCCCGUUCCAAGAGCGUCAACUCCUCCUCGCCGUCUUCUUCCGCCAAGCAUGUUCCGUCCGGCCGAGGCGCUUCCGCAUCUCAUCACCGUUCCGCCACCGUUGGCGGCAAGUCAAAGCGUAGUGCCCGUCAGAAGGAGGAAGACGAUAUUGCACUGGCGAUCAAGCUCUCCCUCGAAGCUUCGGGUCAAAGCACAGGACAGAGCUCGCGCCCCGAAGCAUUUGCAGUACCCAGUCAGCCCUCAGCUGCACGCGGUACAGUGGAGAGGGCUCCUAACGGUCGAGUGCUCGAAGGCACCGAUGCAGACGACGAUCCCGAUCUUGCGGCAGCCAUUGCCGCCAGCCUGCGAGACUGGGCGCCACCUCAGCCCAGUGCGCCGGACGGAAUCAACGACACCGCUGGGUCUGCACCUGUUUCGGGCGCAGCCGCACGCGGCUCCGAUGCAGUGCGCUCCGACUUGCCCCUGCCUCCCUCGCUCGACCUGGCGCCACAGGACAUCGACAACAUCCUCACGUUUUCGCAGACUAUCCAAGCACAGCAUGCACACAACCAGCGCAGCGGCAUCGUGGACACCCCCGUGCCUCAGCCUGUGCAGGCGUUGUACGAAAAGGCCACCUCAGCACGACCGCGAAUGGCGCGUAACUUGGAAGAGGGUCACCGUCGUCACAAUGUUCUCGUCUCUAUGCAUGACAAGCUCACCGAGGCGGUGCGCCUGUAUGACCGUCUGCUAGAUGCUCAGAUGACUCGGCCGGCACAUGCAUAUCCUUCGCAAGCCUAUCAGCCAGCCCAAUACUCAGCUCCGACUCAACAGGGCUAUGGCUACGGAUACGAGCAAUCCGGGCAAUCCGACCCAACUCCCGAAGCUCUAUAUGCGCCUCUGCAUGCCGGACCCUCAUCGCUGCACCCACAGGCACCACCACUCAAUGCCAACGCCAACGCUGGUUCUGAGUAUUCGGGUGCACCUGUUCCCUGGAACGCGCAGCAACAGCAGCACCAGUAUCAACAGCCCCAACAGCCCCAGCAACGUCAGCCCCAGCAUGGUGCACAGCAGUAUCAGCAACAUCAACACCCGUAUGGCUUACAAGCGCCUCCAUCGCAAUACGCAACCCAACAGCAGCAGCACCAGCAGCAGCACCAGCACCAGCAUCCCAGUCAGCAGCAAUACCAGCAGUAUGGCGCUCCCAGUGCUUAUCCAAAGGGUGCCUUUGCCGACCCGAACCAAGCCAUUUCACCCGCACCGCCGUCGGCUUCGACGCCAUAUGUAGGCUACGAGUACCCCGAUGCAGCGGCCAGCCAAGUGCCGCAUCCGCAGGUCAACGGAACUGCCUAUGGCACUGCCAAUGGACCAUAUGUCAACGAGCCCGUCGCGGCCCCAAGCACUCCUGGAGCGGGUCCCGUAGGUUCGCGAGGAUCACUAUCAGUCCGGACAGAGGGGAUUAUGGGCAGCGGGCCAAUUUCAGUCUCGAAUGGGACGGCGUCUGUUCCAGUGGACAAGCUGAACGGUGGCGAGGAUGUGCAGGGGGACGACUCAAUUGCCACUUGUCGCUUGUCGGCUGAAACCUCGGUCUCCAGUCGCAAUGGAUGGAACUCCGUACCGAUUCAAGCCGUUGCACCGCUCUCGCAGACAGAGAAUGGAGUCCAGCCCAACACACAGGAUGCAUCGCAGUACCAGCACCAAUCGAAGCACCAGCAGCAGCAGCACCGACAAGAACUAUAUCAGCAGCAGCAACGACAAGAACUAUAUCAGCAGCAGCAAUACCAAAGCGAUCAUCCCGCAGCAGCACAGCCGCAACUGCAGCACCAUCCGGCUAAAAAAGCAGACACCAGCUAUCUUCCCAUCUUUCCCAUUGCGCCGCAUCCAGACAACGGGUUCGGCCAGGAACGAGCGGCAGCGGCAGAAGCAGCGUCUCCAAUGGUGAGUCCAUACACCAAUGCACCAUCGUCGGCUGGCAUGUGGCAGGGCUCGGCCAACAAGAGUCCAGCAGCUGCGCAACCAGCGGCUGCGGAAUCGCCCUUGAUCGAGUUCUAA